CCCGCCGCGGUCCCGAUGGGUGCCGGGGUCCCGGCGGCGGUGGGCGGCCCUCGGGGCCCGCGGCUGUCGGCGCUGUGGGCGGCGUGCGUGGCCUGCCUGGCGCUGCCCGGCCCCGCCGCCGCCUUCUACCUGCCGGGCCUGGCCCCCGUCAACUUCUGCGAGGAAGGGAAGGACACCGCAGACUGCAAGUCUGGAAUAGAGCUCUUUGUGAACAGGCUUGAUUCUGUGGAAUCUGUUCUUCCUUAUGAAUAUACCGCGUUUGACUUUUGCCAAGCAGCAGAAGGAAAACGUCCAUCCGAAAACCUUGGUCAAGUGUUAUUUGGGGAAAGGAUUGAACCCUCUCCAUAUAAGUUCUUAUUUAAAAAGGAUGAGACCUGUAAACUCGUUUGUACAAAAACAUAUAAGCCAGACAAAACAGAGGACAAACAAAAUCUGGAAUUCCUGAAAAAAAGCAUGCUGCUGAAUUAUCAACAUCACUGGAUUGUAGACAAUAUGCCUGUUACGUGGUGCUACGAUGUUGAAGAUGGACAAAGGUUCUGCAAUCCUGGAUUUCCCAUUGGCUGCUAUAUCACAGAAGAAGGCCAUGCUAAAGAUGCCUGUGUUAUUAAUUCAGAAUUCCGCGAGAAAGAUACUUUUUACAUCUUCAACCACGUUGACAUCAAAAUUCACUAUCAUGUUGUUGAAAAUGGAGCCUUGGGAGCAAGAUUAGUGGCUGCUAAACUUGAACCAAAAAGCUUCAAACAUACACAUUUGGAAAAACCUGACUGUUCUGGACUCCCAAUGGAUAUAAGCAACAAGGCUACUGGGGAGAUAAAAAUUGCUUAUACUUACUCAGUGAGCUUCGAAGAACAAAAAAAAAUUCGAUGGGCAUCCAGAUGGGACUAUAUUUUAGAAUCCAUGCCUCAUACCCACAUUCAAUGGUUUAGCAUCAUGAAUUCCCUCGUGAUUGUUCUGUUCUUAUCUGGAAUGGUGGCUAUGAUCAUGCUGAGGACCCUGCAUAAAGACAUCGCAAGAUAUAAUCAAAUGGAUUCUACUGAAGAUGCCCAGGAGGAAUUUGGCUGGAAACUGGUUCAUGGAGAUAUAUUCCGGCCUCCAAGAAAAGGAAUGCUGCUCUCGGUUUUUUUAGGAUCAGGCACACAAAUUUUAAUCAUGACUUUCGUGACUCUAUUUUUUGCUUGCCUGGGAUUUUUGUCACCUGCCAACAGAGGAGCCCUGAUGACCUGUGCCGUAGUCUUAUGGGUGCUGCUUGGAACACCUGCAGGUUAUGUCGCUGCCCGAUUUUAUAAGUCCUUUGGUGGUGAAAAGUGGAAAACAAAUGUACUGUUGACAUCAUUUCUGUGUCCUGGGAUUGUAUUUGCCGACUUCUUCAUUAUGAACCUGAUUCUCUGGGGAGAAGGAUCUUCAGCAGCCAUUCCCUUUGGUACUUUGGUUGCCAUAUUGGCCCUCUGGUUUUGCAUAUCUGUGCCACUGACGUUCAUUGGCGCUUACUUUGGCUUUAAGAAAAAUGCCAUUGAGCACCCAGUUCGGACCAAUCAGAUUCCUCGUCAGAUUCCUGAACAAUCGUUCUACACAAAACCAUUGCCGGGCAUAAUCAUGGGAGGGAUUCUGCCCUUUGGAUGCAUCUUUAUACAACUCUUCUUCAUUCUUAAUAGCAUUUGGUCUCAUCAGAUGUACUACAUGUUUGGCUUUCUAUUUCUGGUGUUUAUAAUUUUGGUUAUUACAUGUUCCGAAGCAACUAUACUGCUUUGCUAUUUCCAUCUCUGUGCUGAGGAUUACCAUUGGCAGUGGCGUUCAUUCCUCACCAGUGGCUUUACUGCAGUCUAUUUCCUAAUAUAUGCAAUACACUAUUUCUUUUCGAAACUGCAAAUCACAGGGACAGCAAGUACCAUCUUGUACUUUGGUUACACCAUGAUAAUGGUUUUGAUCUUCUUCCUCUUUACAGGAACAAUUGGCUUCUUUGCAUGUUUUUGGUUUGUGACCAAAAUAUACAGCGUCGUGAAAGUGGACUGAAGAAAUCCAUGAACCCAGGUUUAAAUUUUAAACCUUAAUGAAAAACUGUUCAUGUGACUAUCUGGUUUUAUCAGAAGUAUUGAUCCUAGUGUUGCUUGAUACUAAAUGAACCUCUUCCCAAGCACCUGCCCCCCAAAAAAUACAUUUUCCACUAAAGCAUUUCUAUUGUAAUUUGAUUUUAAGUACGUUUUGAGUUCAUGAAGAGCAAAUAUUGUGCGCAUUUGUAAAUAUAAUAUUUACAGUACUAUUAUUGGCCAAAUAGAAGAGGCUGAGUUAAACAACGUAAUACUUCUGAAUAAAGUACAGUUAAUUGUAAAUAGGAUUUUCUAGGCUCGGUAGGCGGGAAGAAUUAUUUUUAUUUGAAGGAAAUAACUUUUUAUCAUGGUAAUUUUGAAGAAUGACUCCUAUGAUGUGGUUCGUUUGGGAUGUGACAUUUUUUAUCUUGUACUGGUUGUAACUGUUCAUAAAUAUUCCUAUUUCUCUGCAUUGACUUCAUUAUUCCCAUGGUAUUGGCCUUUUAAACUAUGUGCCUCUGAGUCUCUGAAUUUAUAAAUUUAUUACCUUAAUAAAUAUUGUAAAAAUGUCUUCAGCGCAUCAUUAUCUGUUAUAGAUGUAUUCGUUGAAGUUCUGUGCAUUUACAUCUAUAUACCAAGGAUGUUGAAAAUGAUUUACAGCAUUUUAUAGGAGUCUACUGUAUUUUGAUAGUGUAACAUUUAGGCUCAGAUCACCUGGGCCAACUGAUUCUAACUUAACUGCUCUUCCUUGAUGGUGGAAAUCAUAAAGAUAAUAAUUAUGGUAUUUGUUAAGGGCUUACUAUGUGCGAGGCACCGGAAAUUCUCCCAGGGUCCUAGUGUAAAUCUUUUUGGUCAAUAUUUUGACUAAAAGUAGCAGUUCAUGGACCUGCUGAGUAAGUUGAGUUGAUGCAUUAGGCUUCAAAAUAAUGGUGGGUAGCUUCUCUUUUACACCUUUGACUGCAUCUUCUCUUUCUGAGGAUAUUUCACCUGGAAUGUUAGUUCUAUUUCCUACAUGCUAAGAGAUUGAUAGAUCUGUUCAUUUGCCUCUGAGAAAUUGAAGUUGCUCUAGUUAGUUUAUUCGAAAAGACUACCUGAGUUCUUUAAGGUUCUCUUCAUUAAACUUACAUCCUUAAUUACUAAUUGCUGCUUAUAUGAAAGUAACGGGUUCCUCUCUACAAUACCGUGUUACUAUGCUUUUCUAAAGUGUUGAUCUUAGACUUGAAUAAGGAACCAAUAAAUGCAUCAUUGAGUAAGGAA